GCAAUACCCCCAGCGCCUAAAAAUGCAUUGCCAGAGGGCGUAAUACCCCAAAUUGAAUUCCACUUUCCAAAGCGUAAUUCCACCCAUUAAAAUUUUCUUGAUUUUUGCCAUUGCUCGGCAAUGCUUCUUUAAGUGGACAGCGUCUCAGUCGCCAUUAGUGGUUUUUGUGUAGGGUAGUUUUUUUUUAAAUGAGAGUGAAGUGUUGCGUUUUAUUUUGUUCUAGUUCAAGUUACGCAAAAAAAGAAAGUAAUCUUCGUUUCUUUCGUUGGCCAACAGACAAAAAUGUAAUUCAACUAUGGCUUCGUCAAUUUGCAUCCAACAGUGCGAUAACAGGUUUUUCCAAGUAUUUUAAAUUACACAAAAAUCUCCGCAUUUGCAGUUUGCACUUUGAACCUAACUGCUUUAAUGAAAAAAACAAAUUGCUGAAAAACGCUGUACCCAGUCUGUUCCGGUCAUGGCCAUCCACUGCUACUCUUGAUGAGGCAAAUGACCAGGCAAUGGGUUCAUUGGUUUCCAAUUCCUAUGAACGGUCAGAAUUUCCAGGAAUGAAGUCUACCUGUGGUAGUAUUUUUCCUUCAACAAGUUUGGAGAAAGAACAAACCAUGCAUUCCCACUUUGAUCAAGACUUUGCAUGUGAACCACCUACUGAUUUUAAUAGGCAAUCAACACCUCAUGAAAAACAGUUUGUCUCUGGUAACCUUUAUCCAGAUUUCCAUACAAGUGGCCCGUCAAUAUCUGUGGCCAACUCUUCCAUGAAUGUUAGUGGUAUUUUGGAAUCUUUUUGUGUAAAAAAUUUUUCCUUGCUGUUCUGUGAACUGAAGAAAAGAGGUUUAAAGUGCAAUUUGAUAAAAUUCCAGUUGUGUCUAACAAACCAAAGAAAAGAAAAGUCAUAAAACUUCAAAAGUAAUACAAAACCUUGAAAAUUCAA